UUCUACUGCCUUCUUCCUCGCAAGUAUCUUCAUUCAAUCUUCACAUAAAUAUAGCCAUGUCAAGAAACACUGUUGUCUUAGUUUGUCUGUUGAUCAUGGCUCUAGACAUUACUGCUGGCGUGCUCGGCAUUGAAGCCGAAAAAGCUCGAAACAAGCAGACACAUUGGAGUGCAUCGCUGGCGGAGUGUGGAUUCCGAAGUGUGAAAGCUUACAGGUUGGGAAUGGCUGCAGCUGUAUUUCUUGGCCUUGCCCAUGUCAUUGCAAACUUGUGUGGUGGGUGCAUUUGCUUUUGGUCCAAGGCUGAUUUAGAAAAAUCCUCUGGUUACAAGAAAUUAGCCAUUGCUUCCCUCAUCUUCUCAUGGAUAACAUUGGCAAUUGGGUUCAUAAUGCUGAUCAUGGGAGCUCUAGCAAACUCAAAAUCAAGUCAUUAUUGUGGCAUUUCCCACCAUCUUCUUCUCCAAAUUGGAGGCAUUCUCUGUUUUUUUCAUGGAUUCUUCAGUAUUGCCUACAAACUUUCUGCUACUCUUGCAACCUGAGAAGAGAAACAUAUUCCCCAAGGAAGCCCUGCUUGAUUUAGAUUAACCAGAGAUUUGUGUUGGAUUCACUCAUUUUUCAGAUUUCUAGAUCUUAAAAUUUGUUUGGAAUUAUGAUCUUUAUUUGUAACUGAAAUUGUGUUUGUA